AUGAUCUGUUUUCCUCAGGACCUCAGCGGGCUAUUGACCUGGUUCAACAGAAUGAUAACAUCCUCUGAUUCGUCUUUGUCACUCUAUGGUGUCAGCAAAGAGGAUGAAACGAGCUCAAUCAGUCAGAGAUCCAUGAAUGUUGCAGAGGCUUGGCGUCUCUACAAUCUUCUAAUGAGUAAACGAAAAGAAGACCUGCAGAAGAUCAUCACAGAUUUCCAUUCCAUCUGUGAGAAGCUAAACAAGAUCAAGAAGAACAACAAAAACAUGGGUAUUGCCGGAGGGACCACGGCUUCUGUGGGAGGGGUAGCUGCAGUGGUGGGGAUCGUCCUAGCUCCGGUGACCAUGGGUGCCUCGCUGAUUGCGACAGCUGUCGGCUCUGGCAUGAUUGCAUCUGCUGUAGGUAUGGGCGCUCACGCCGCUAUAGUCAGCAAGAAGAUGGUGACGAGGACGGCAGUUGAGAAACUGGUAAAUGACUACAUGGAAGGUGUCGCUGAUCUGGAACGCUGUCUAGAUUAUAUUAUCUUCACAGUGAUGGAGCUGCGAAGGCACGGCAUUGCUAGGUUAAAGAGUGCAGGCGCUCAUCUGGAUGCGGAGUUGGGUUCAGCCCCUUAG